AGAUCUAGACUCAAUAUUCUGGUCGUUUGCCGUUUGGAUUUAUCGAUGGUCCCAGGUUCAAACCCUGCCCGCUCCCAUACCCCGUCGUCCUGCGAGGUUUGGACUAGGAAGUAAACUAUCUUCAACUCUGAUGGAACAUCCGAAACAUAAAGAGGUAAAAUAGCUUGAAAUGGCAGCAAAUCCAAGAGGUAGGGGAGCACAGUGGGGCACGAUCCUGCUUGGAUCCCAGCUCAUGCAUGUUGGCUUGCAAAAUGUACCCCCAGUGACCUUAGCAUUGAUUGUUGGUCAAACAUUGGUGUUCCUGGAAGCUUUCCCUGAAGUAUUUCCCUCACCGUUAGAUGUCUGUAUGAGCUCUUACUUAGUCUUCCGUAAAGGAGAAUGGAUACGAAUGUUAAAAGGCUCAGUCUACCAUGGGGAUGACAUGCACCUGUAUUUCAACAUGCUCAGCUUACUCUACAAAGGCUCUAUAUUGGAGAAAACAUAUGGCAGUCCUUACUAUGCUUACAUGAUAACUACAUUCACUGGACUUACCAGUGCCACUUAUGUUGGACUUGGGCUAUUACUUAGCCAUCUCACAGGGGAUGAGAGCUACCUUAGCUCAUGUGCAGUAGGAUUUUCAGGUGUUCUAUUUGCCAUGAAAGUUCUGGUCACCUUGGCCAGCCCUCCAGGUGUACAUUACAUUGGUAACAUUCCUGUGCCUUCAAAGUACAUUUUCUGGGUAGAAUUAUUUCUUAUUCAGAUGGCUGCACCUAAUGCCUCAUUUGUGGGUCAUCUGGCUGGCAUACUAGUUGGUUUGGCAUACGCUAAGGGACCUCUCAAAUACAUCAUGGAUCUAUUUCUUCCAUCAAGCAUUUAUAGGCAUAAUAGUAGAGGUGGAUAUCCAAGAUUUUCUAGCAGAAGAUACUUUUCAUCCAGUGGGGUAUCAGGUUACAGCACUGAUGGGAAUAGGAGAGGUUACAGAUCAGAAGGGAUUAGGAGAGGUUUGUUCAGCAGAUUAUUUGGUAACAAUGUCGCUUACAAUAAUAAUGAUUCCAGGGAUCCUCAAUAUUCCUCAGAGGACUACAGAAGGAAUCCCACUUUCGAAACUAAUUCCAUUUUUAACCAAGAGCCACCAAACUUACAUGACCCUGCUCGGAGGGCACGCCAGCCAUCACCUCAGUCCCAGAGGCCUCCUCACAGGUCCGAUGACAACAUAAGACCUGGAUACUCUUCUUCAAGAUACAGGACUAGCAGCACUUAUGAGAAUCCAUAUAUGCGGACAGCUUCCAGUGCUAGUUCAGCACAUUCCCAUACCAAUGCCAACCCCAGAACAGCCUACUAUGAUACCCAUGCCAGCCCCAGUGCUCCCUACUCAUACACUCGUGCUACCCCUACUGCACCGUACUCUAGUGAAGAUCAGGAUAUAUCUUCUCAGGGAUAUAGAGAUGACUUGUACACAGGAUUUUGGGAUCUAUCGAAUCUUGGAGAUGUCUUUUUAAGCAGCUGGUUUAGAUGAAGAGGAGCAGAUUAGAAUAGCACUGCAAGAAAGCUUGAAUGCAAACAAUUGGAAUUCACACCCCUAAAAUGUUUUGGACUAACUGCUAUGUUAGAUAAAGGUGAUGGUCCAUGAUGGAUUGGUCAUUGUUUAAUACCAUUUGGUUUUAUCGAUGAAAGCUUUGAAAGUACUCAAUCAAAUUCAUGUCAAGGCUGUUUGUGAUACAAAGCACAAUCAGUGAUUGAUAUCAUCAGGAUAUGUAUAUAACUCUCUUGUUUGUUUAUAAUAACAUUGCACAUUUGCAAGAAAUACUUUAAAAUGUUUAGCACUCAGGAGGAGCUAUAAUUAAAAAGAAAAGAAAAAUGUGUGCUGUGCCUUUCUGCAAUUUGUCAUAAAUGUAUUUAACUGUUAGUUACCACAUCUUAUAACAUAUUUAUAUAUUUUAUUUUUAUUGAGAUAAUUGUUUUAUUCCUCAGUUUUAUUUUACAUUUAACAGAUGUGUUCAAAUUUGAUAGAAUUUAUGCCUGUGAUUGCCUGUAUUUAUUAAGCAAAUAAAAGAAUUAGAAAACAAUGAAACAAA